AUGUCUGCGCCACCCAGACCGACCCUUAAACUCACGAUAAAGAACAAGGCCACGCAGCCGCCUCAAGAACCCGUUCAGCCUCCUCCGUCAGGGACGCCUCAGCCAAGGAUCACUCUCAAGAUCCCGCAGAAGCGCACGACAGAUGAAGAUGGAGAUAAACCAGUCAAGAAGAAAUCAUCCAAGAAACGCUCUGCUGAGUCGCACCCGCCAGAUGGAAAAGAUGCGGCACCCGUCGCUGCAGCCGAGCAGCAACCUACCGGCCCGAAGCGCUUAAAGCUGAACCCAUCAAAGAAACCCGGUUUGCAAUCCAUACGAAUUAAGAACAAGGGGCUGGUCCCCAAUCGGCCCACUGGAGUCGGCUACGAUUCCGAGGCAUCGGAUGCGGAAAUCGAUCCAUCUAUCGAAGAACAGUUUAUCCUACGUAUGAUUCCCGGCGAAGACUGCGAAUACCUACGGCAGGCAAUCAACGAGCGACGUUUUGAUCGGGGAGAAUUUGCGUUCAAACCGCUUACUCGCGAGGGACGACGGGCUGUCCUUAAGAUCCGCGAUAAGCAAUACGCGGCGGCGCUGGUCGACCUGCCGUGCAUUGUUGAGGGGAUGAAGAGUUGGGACAGACGUGGUUGGUACAAAUCUGCGGAUAUAUGUCAGAUGCUUCUGGUACUGGGACCCGUUGCCAGCGAGGCAGAAGCCAUUGGGUAUCCGCUGCCUUCAGAGGUCGAGGCCCCGGACGACAGGACCUUACAGUACCCGCAUGGUCUGACGCCUCCACUGAGGUGGGUACGAAGACGACGAUUUCGUGACCGUAUCAGUACACGAACGAUUGAACAAGUUGAAAAGGCCGUGGAGGAUCUGAUUGCUCAGGACGAAGCUGCCAUCGGACCUCCUAAAUAUGAACUGGUGGAUAGUACGAAGUUCGCACGAGCAGAGGGGCUUGUUCAGAGCGGUGAUUACGAGGAGAUAUACGAUGACGAACAAGAUGCUGAGGGUGAGGCGGAAGAGGGGAUUCCCGGGGAUGGCGGGUUCGAUGACGCUGAGGAUGCCCUUGCUGCCGAAAUGGAGGCGGCACUUGCUGCUGAAGCUGAAGAUUGGGCCACUUCAUCACAGGCCGGGCCAAACGUGCCCCAUUUGUAUCAUGCGGGCACCCCAAUGGCAACCAAACCAUCAACCCCGGCGGGAGAGACAUCGGGAGACGAGAGCGAAGAAUCGGAGGACGAUGUGCCCGAGGAAGAACUUGACGACGAGCAACUAGAACAGCAGCAGCAACUACAGCAGCAACGCGAGGAGAUUGCCGAAUUAGAGGCGUUAAUCCGGAGCAAGACUGCCAAGUGGGAGGGGUUGCAGAAUGCGAUUUUGAAGAAUAAGCUGGGCAGUGACAUUCAGCGUCUGAAGAAAGAGUUGGCUCUAAAGAAGGUCUCUGUAGGACAAGGUGACGAUAUCAGUUGA